GUCCAACUUGCGACUACAUGAUCUUUACAAAAAUCAUGUGACCAGAGGUCAUGCACUUUUUGAUGAAGUCGCUGCAGUUGCUUCUCACCAACUGCACCAUGCAGCCAUCACCUGAAUUGUGGGAGGCAGUAUUUGCCAACUGAUCAUUAGGGUGUUUUUGUUUGACCCACGCUGACGUGGCCAAAGACGUGACAGAAACAGGAAUCAGCUUUGACGCAAUUCUAAAGCUACAAACGAAAGUGAUAUUUGAGACCUCUCUAACCAAUUCAUUGUACACACAUUAUGUUUUCAGUUUGUGAGUGUGUGACAUGGGGAUAUGGAAAAGUUUCAGACAUUUAUACAGAAAAACGUUUAUAGGCAAUUGCAGCUAUGUUGAUCUGAGCCUUAUUGUUGGAAAACCAUUACAGUGUACGACUUUCGGCUGUCGCAGAUGCACCUCCCCGACUUCACUCGCCAAAUUUUGUCUACAGUCGGCAUUCAUUAGGCUUACUGCUUGAACACACCCAGAUACUUUUUCAUCGCACCAAUAGUUAGGGUAAGGACAGUGGAGGCUGCUGAGGGGAUGACUGCUCAUAAUUGCUGGAACGGGGCAAAUGGAAUUGCAUUAUACACAUGGAAACCAUUCCGCUCCAACCAUUACCACAAGCCAGUCCUGCCCAAUUAAGGUGCCGCAACCUCAUAUGGGUAUCUUGUUGAACAGAGAGACGUGGACCUCAAUGUAAGAGACAAAUGGGACAGCACCCCGUUGUACUAUUCUUGCCUCUGUGGCCAUGAGGAGCUGGUCCAGUACCUGUUGGCUAAUGGAGCAAAGUGUGAAGCCAACACAUUUGAUGGAGAGCGAUGCAUGUAUGGCUCUCUGAGUGACUCCAUCCGACGUCUCCUAAAAGAGUACAAGUGCAUCACAGCCCAAGCCAUGCAGAGGGACUAUUAUGACCACUUUCUUCUCACGUUACUGGAGCAGGGCCAGUAUAGUGACGUCAAGUUCCUGGUUCACGGUGAGACAUUUCAGGCUCACCGCUGUGUGCUGAGCGCUCGCUCAGAGUACUUCACAGCCAUGUUUGAAACCAAAUGGAAAGGAAAGAACUUGAUCCCCCUCAAACACCCUUUGAUCAACCCAGCAGCCUUUGGUGCCAUCCUGCAGUAUUUUUACACUGGUCGUAUGGACAUUGAUGUGAGCCACGUGGAGGACUGCAAGCGGCUGGCCAAACAGUGCAAAAUGGGCGACCUUAUUGAUGAGUUGGAGAGCAAGUGUAAACAGGUGUAUGAGUUUGUCUCCAAUAAGCCAGGGACCUGUGUAAAGGUUCUGACCCUGGAGCCUCACAGCUGUCAGCAUCAGGAGGAGAUGGCUCAACUGGCAGACUGUGCCCUCCCUGCUGAGCUAAAAGUGGGAUUUGGCGAGCUUCCAUUUGACAGAACUGAUAACUUCCCUAGCUACCCUGACAUUUGCUUCAGGGUUGAAGGUUAUGACUUCCUGUGUCAUAAGGCGUUUUUCUGUGGACGCAGUGACUAUUUUAAGGCGUUGCUGCAGGACCACUUCAGUGAGGGAGAGAUGAUGCAGUCCCAGCCCAGCACCCCCGUCCUUACCAUCCACAAUAUCUCCCACGAGAUCUUUAUCCGUCUCCUCUAUUACGUAUACAGCGACGACACGGAGCUGUCCCCAGAUAAUGUGUUUGAUGUGCUGUGUGUGGCUGAUAUGUACCUGCUCCCCGGGCUGAAGCGUCUGUGUGGUAAGACGCUGGCCAAGAUGCUGUGUGAGGAUAACGUGUUGCACAUGUGGAAGACAGCCAAGCUCUUCAGACUGUCUCGUCUGGAGGACCAGUGCACGGAGUACAUGGCUAAGAUCAUAGAGAGGCUGGUAGAGCAGCCUGAGUUUGCUGACAUGAUCAAGGAGGAUGCUGGGGCAGUGGAGGACCGACACGAGACCGACUCCAUCCCUCUGGUGGACGACAUCCGCUUCCACAUCACCAGUAACGUUCAGACCUUCAGUGCCAUCGAGGAGGCCAACGUGAAGCUGGACGCCCUGGAUCAGCUGCUUUCCACCAUCGGUCUGGAAUGCUAAUGAGAAGGUGUGGGGGUGUGUUAGGGCUACUACUGGCUAAGCUAGCUGCUAGCCACAACCAGUGGCAAGAAGGACUUGUAUUGGACUGUUGAAGGGUAUUGGGGGAGACAUUAAAUAGCUUUCACAUUAUACACACAAAAAGAGUGUUUACUUCAAAUAGUUUAAAUGCUUCUGGGCCCAACCAGGUGGUGGGCAAAGCACCUUUUUGUGAAUAAUGUGAAAGCUGAUAAUGCAACAAUUUGUGUAUUGGGUACAUUCUAGUAUUGACCUGGAAUGUCAAAGACCGAAGUAUGUAGGGACUGGAGGCGUCAAGUUGCUAUUGAGUAGCUAGACAAGGAUAGGGUUGCUGAAGAAGUUGAGGAUGAUGUUGCAUUGGAAUGAAUGAAACACACKGAUACAGAAGCCCAUGUGAUGAGGAUGAAGAGUGAGGAAUGGAGUGUGGACUCUGAUUGUAAUAUCUACUUUCGUUUGCGGUUAUUUUGAAGUAAUGUGUCUUUUUCUUGGAAUGACAGGUCAUCUGACCACAAACAUUGUAGACCCAAUAUCACAGAAGAUAUUACAGUAUGUUGGCUUAGAAAUGUAGCUAUUAAAGAACCUURGCAUUUUUGUGAAAAAUACCCAAUUAUGAAAAUCUCUGUUUWUAAACAGAGACUCAGAGAAACAGCAAAUAUCUGACUCUUGUYAUGAAUUAGAAUAAUUAUAGAAUUCUGAAUGACAGCAAAAAAAAUGUUUCCCCUAACAUGGACAUUACUCUUUUUAUUUUUACCUUCAGAUUUUCCUGACUGAUAUGAAUUUGUUACACUAUGUUUUAGCGGCUUAAGAGGCAAGACAUUUUGAUUAUUUUUCAUCUUGUGCUAGUAUAUUGUAGGCCUAAAUGCAUGCUGAUUACUCUUGUUGUGUAUGCAUGAUUUAUCUUUAUAGAAUGUAGCUUCUUAUUUAGGUGUUAGGAGAGGAAACCAUAGCUAGUUACAUGGCUAUGUUAAAUAUUGUUUAAUCCAAAAAUAAUGAAAAGAAAUUCAGCCUCGUGUCGCAUAUGACAAUGUAUUGAAACUUUUACUGUUAAUCAUGAGUAAAGUAAUGAAUUUGUUUUUAUGAUUUAGUUUUGAAAAAAUUAUGACUGGAGUCAAGUAAAGACCCAACGAGAUCAUUUACAAAAUGUAAGUGUUUUUUAUUUUUAGUUGGCAAAUUAGAGAACUCAUGACACAACUUGUAGUCUACUUGAUUUGAUAACUAGAUAUUGAAUCCUGUCAGUCACAUUCAUGCAGCAAAUGCAUUUAGCCUCAAUUUGCAUGCAGUGUACAGUGUGGGGUAAAAAGGAAGUGAGUAUUUUCACACAGCAGUCACAAUGGAUCCUCAUUUACUUAAAGCAUACUUGCAUGUACAUGGACAAGCAGACAACCAACCACAAGC